AUGGCAGAAACCACACUCGUCCUAGAGACUCAUAUCUACUCGAUUCCAACCACUGGCGCGCCACCGUGGAGCCGCAGCUUUCAUCUCCGUCUCCAUCCAACCGGCACCAAGGCCCAAAUCCUGUCACUCAUUCGCGACUCGAUGACGCGCCUCGGUCGCGCCGACCCUAUCGUUGAGGCCCAGAUCACGCUGUACUGGACGAGGCACGGCCGCGUCAUGUCCAUCCCCGGCAGUGCCAACCCAGCCACCUCAGUCACGUUGCCCAUAUGGCAGCCUCCUCUGCUGAUGAUCUUCAACGCCGGCUACCCCACGCUCUUUCAGCAACCGCAGCCUCAGAUGAUGGAACCCGCCAUGCCCCUGGCCAUGACUUAUUCUGGCGGCGUGAAUUACCUUCACUCUUACGGCAAUCCGGGCCAUCUCCCCAUGAUGCCGCCUUCUCCGGCCAUCAUUCCCGCUGGACAGCAUACUUGGAUGAUGGGGGGUGCCCAGCUUGGCUUCGUCAAUGUCAACUUGCCCAAUUUCAGCACUGGUGGUGGUCGACCUGUGGUGUCGGACGUUGUGAGAGAGGCUCGGUUGGAUGGAAUCGCCGAGGCGGCACUGACUGGAAUGCUGGAGUGGGUUUGUGGACCUACGGGCCUCAAGUUGAUCGUUGUGGUUGAUUCCGAUGGACGAGACAUCAUACCUGUUGUCGCCGAGCCUCCGGCGUUUGCUUCCCCUUCUCUGUCAACUACUCCCGUUGCCUCAGCCUCGCCGGCCGCGUCGGCUUCACCUGCUCCUGCUACUCCUCCUGCUCCGACGACUUCCUAA